AACCUUCAGUUGAGCCAGCAAAGCUGUCUUUUGAGAAAGAUCUCAAAAGAUCUCUUUAGCUUUCGAUCAUCUCCGCCACCAUCGGUAUCUCACUCCAUUACAGUACUGGCACAGAGCACCAGACCUUGAUAACAUCCACCAUGAGCAGCGAGAAUCCUGUCGUCUUCUUCGACAUCAAGAUUGGAGGAAGUCCUAAAGGUCGCAUAGAAAUGGAACUUCGAGCUGAUGUGGUUCCAAAGACUGCGGAUAACUUUCGAUGUCUCUGCACAGGUGAAAAGGGCACAGGAAGAUCUGGAAAACUACUCUUCUUCAAAGGAUCCUCCUUUCAUCGUGUCAUCCCCAAGUUCAUGUGCCAAGGUGGUGAUUUUACCCGUGGCAAUGGCACGGGUGGGGAAAGUAUCUAUGGGGAAAAGUUUGCAGAUGAAAACUUUACUCUCAAGCAUACUGGCGCCGGCAUAUUGUCCAUGGCCAACGCAGGCCCAAAUACAAAUGGCAGCCAGUUCUUUCUAUGCACCGCCGAAACUCCUUGGCUAGACAACAAACACGUGGUGUUUGGCAAAGUGGUGAGCGGUAUGGAUAUUGUAGCGGCUAUUGAAGAUGUGGGAAGUGAUUCUGGCAAGACACGCUUGGCAGUUGAAAUUGCCGAUUGCGGGCAGCUGCGAUGAGACCAACAACUUCUUUCUUGCUCAUGAAGAACUAAAUUAAUAAUCAACUACAUCAUGUAUGUAACUGACUGAAACCAAGGAAAGCUAUUUCCGUUGCUGCUAGCUGGUACAACUCACUUGUGCAACACGUUGA